AUGGCUGGAUACGAUAAUCCCGAAUACCGUGCCUACCAGACUGAUGUGAAGGAUGGUAAGGUCACCUUGCCACUGUGGGAUGAGACUGAGACCAUCACCAUCCUCCCUGGCGAGUUGUACUGCCGUGUGGCCUUUUGUGGUCACACUAAUACUCCCUCCUCAUCCACCAAUAACUUGCGUAAGCAUGUCCAACGUGCUCAUCCUCACCUGACUCUCGUGCCUGGAAAAAAUGGAAAAGUGCCCAACAACGACAUUAUGGCUGCCAACCGGUUCUAUUCCUCGCUCUACUCCAAAACUGAUGAUGACCAGGAUUCCAGUACUGAACCAUCUGAUGCGUCAACCCCGGAGCCUAGCUCUCCCCCACCGCCUGCCCGCAAGGCCCCUACCCGCAAGGCCCCUACCCGCAAGGCCCCUACCCGCAAGCCCCCCGCCCAUUUGCCCUCCCCUGAGGGGCUCCAGCCUAUGCCGAUGAAAGAUGGCAAGAUUGAUGCUGCAGCUGUCCGCAAGGUUGGCAUCAGAAAGAGUGGUAAGCGUGCACCUUGCUCCAAGUGCCGCAAUAAUGGGACCACUUGUGGAAGUACUAAUGUGUGUGACUUUUGGGAAUACUUUGAGUCACCAGAGGAGAGUGAGGAUGCUGAAGAGGAUGCUGAUGUCUAG